AUGGAGCUGUCGUCAAGUUUCAGGAAAAGCUUAUACAUGGCUUCAGCUGAGGAUGCACCGAGGUUGGGACUGGAUGAUGGUUGUAAAGCAGCUGGUCGUCUUGCAAUGUUUCGUAGCCGGACUGGUCGUUUGUCACAUAUUGUUGUAGUAGAAGUUAACCAGAAAAAUUUUAAAACACUUUGGCCGUAUCUGCUGAUCUCGUUGAAAGAGGCUUCUUUCGUGGCCAUUGAUCUUGAACUUAGCGGCUUAGGAAUUUGUCAAGGAUGGAAUUCUUUAAAUAUUGAAGAGAGAUACGGCGCAAUCAGAGAAGGUGCCAGAACGCGGUCAAUUCUGUCGCUGGGUAUUAGCACUUUUAAAUUAUUGAAAAGAAAAGAAACUCGGCAAAAAAAGCGGAUAAGGUAUAAAUGCCAAGUGUUUAAUAUUCUAACGUUCUGUAUGGACCCAUUUAUUGUGGAACCAUCUAGUUUGCAAUUUUUAGUACGUAACAAAUUUGAUUUGAAUCGUCUAGUAGAACUUGGAGUCCCAUAUUACUUUUCUUCAUCUGAUAAGGUAAAAAGCACAGUUAUUGAUGGGUUAGAAAACGUGAAACCAUUUUCGCUGAAUUUAGACGGAUUUCAAAACGACAUGCCUUACAGAUUGCGUGUCGACAUUGCGACAAAUUUUCAGGAAAAUUCACUUAAGAUUUUGUGGAAACAGAUCUUAGAGCGAAAUAUUCCACUGAUGCUCCAUAAUGGUCUCGUCGAUUUAAUCUUUUUAUACCAGCAGUUCUAUGCUGAUUUGCCGGAAAAGUUGGCCGAAUUUGUGACGAAUAUCUCAGAUUGGUUUCCAGACGCAUCAGCCUGUAUUUACGACUCUAAAUAUUUUUCUGAAUACUGCGUUAGGAUGAAUGCUUCGUUUUUAGAAUAUGUUUUUCGAAAAUGCCAAAGGGAGAAUGCAGUUGAAGCUUCAUUUUCACGCCUUUACGUAAGCAUUGAAUUUGACAGUUCUAUGCUUAGUGUCUCAUCACUUUCGGACGCUAUUGAUAUCGUCAGCUGCCAACUACCAGAAGGGUUUUACCUGGCAGACGUGAAAGUAAAUGUCCCGAAUGAAGAGGAGAGGAGGUGUAUAUGCCCGAAAUAUGCGGUUUAUGGAUUCUGCAACUCUAAAUCCAGCUGCUCUCUUCUGCACAAUAUCGAUGCAGUACUGGACGUUGAAGAGCUCAGACAAGCUAAAUUACGCAGUAGGCGCAAAAGACGGUACGACUUUUCAACGAAAAGCAUCGCAGUAAACAAUGAUGAAGUACAGUAUUUAAAGGGAGAGCAAACUAAGGUGGCAGGACUUGAGAACCCAGAAACGAAAAAGAACUCGACAAGGUGCCACAAGGCUGGAGUAGACUCGUUUAUGACUGGCUUUUCAAUGGCUUACAUGUCUCGAAUGAAGUUGCUUCGCUCCGGGACUUUUGAGUUCGACUGCAGUAACCGUUUACCAUUACCAGGCAAAAUGAUCCCGCUGGUGAUCCGGAAGUAUGAACACACUGCAAGAACACAUGACCACUUAGAAAUAUGGGACUCUAUAAAAAGUGAACGUAGAAAGCGACUAGGAUCCCUUGGUGCCGUGGACCAGCUGCAGUCAGAGUAA